AUGCCAGAUACAUACGAGGAAACAGAAGCCAACCCGGCACCCGUGUUGACCUUGACAGCCAGCUGGAUACAAGGCGGCGUAGUACUCGACUGCGCCGCACAGCAUAACAUCCUAGACAUGGGUGGCAUCGAUCAGUUCUUCCAGCUACUAUCCACCGCGCUCCAAGAUGUUGAAUUCAGUGAUGCGGCCAUUGCGGCUAAUACUCGGGAUCGUCUUAGUAUGUUUCCCCUACUUGGUCCCGGGAUCAAACGCUGUGAUCAUUCUAAGAUGCGUUGUCCAUCCUCAUUCACACCCACGCAGCGUCCCAAUCCCCCACCAGAGUCUAGGCCUGCCUUCCACUACUUCCGUUUCGGGGCAUCUGAUCUGGCUCAAAUUAGUACUCUCGCCCAGACACCGUCAACAGACGAUGCUCUAAGCGCCUUUGUCUGGAAGCGACUCAGUGCUAUUCGGCACCAGCACCUUCACCAGAAUUUAGAUACUAUCACAGGCUUCUCACGCGCAAUUGAGCUUCGACGAACACUUAAUAUUCAAAUCGAAUACAUGGGCGUAACAGUAAUGAAAACAUCCUCACAGAUGACAUUUCACGAGAUGGAACAGUCCUCCCUAGCAGACGUUGCCGUCCGUUUACGUCAGGACGUCCGGCGGGUUAGGGAUCAGUAUUUCCUUCGCAGCCUCGCCACGUUGAUAGCAGAGGAAGCAGAUAAAAGCACAAUAGGUUUUGUCGAUGGGUUUAAUCCUGAUACGUGGGUUAAUGCUUCGUCGUGGGCUGGUGCUGCGACGCAUAGACUUGAAUAUGGAUUGCUGGGGAAACCAGCUUUUGUGCGGAGGCCCAAGUCAAAACCUGUGCAGGGAUUGUUGUUUUUCUUGCCUGUGAUGGAUGAUGGGAGUGUUGAUGUACUUCUUUGUUUGAAAGAUUGGGAGAUUCGGGGGUUGUGUGAGGAUUCGGAGUGGUCUCGGUAUGCAGGGUAUAUUGGCUAA